GUUUUUGCAAUUCAAAUUAUCCAAUAGCAUAGCUAAACGAAAUCUGGCAGUUUUUCAAAUUGCCUGAUCAACCAAUCAUCUUGCAACAGUUUGACCUUCAAUCAUUCGCAACCUCCGUCAGUGGACGAUACCCCUAAAGCGUUGCCAGUACGAUAAAUAAGCUUCUUUUCGUACGAAAAGAGAAAUUCAUGCGACGGAAUUGGCUCGAAUGCUGGCUGAAGUACCAUCAGGACGACAAGAUGAUGUCGCUCUGAAAAUUUUUCAAAACAUUAUUAAUGUAAGUAUUGUGUUUUUCAAAUAUUUUUCCCUCCGUUUUUUAUUUUUGGAAGGUUACUGUCGCAUUAUAUUAUUAGGGAUUUACGUCAUGGUUGAUUUGAAGGAGGAAGGACAUCUGUAGAGUAUUGCUACCCUCUAGACUUGAAGAGUUUAACUUCAGUCCUAUGAUUCACUGGCCUUUAUUUGCUGAAGAGGAGUCCCAAAUUUGGACAAAACUACUGUUCAGUGUUUUUUGGUCUUCAAUAAUACUCCAACGGAUAUUGAUUCUCCAGGAAUCACGCAAAAUACUAAAUAAUACUGAUAUUAAUUCAGAAACUAAAAAUGAUACAAUAGGACAAGCUUUCGCAUUAACUUUUGAAAAUACAGCUGUACUAUGUGAUUUAAUUUUACGUUUUCCUGAUGUUUAUCAUUCACAUUAUGAUGGAAUUAAUGAGAUAUCUAUAUUAUUAAAAUGGUCAUUUAAUUUAUUACGUGAAUCACAAUUAAUGAGUAAAUCAGAUGAAAAUAUUUUACAUUUAACUGAACAAGAAUUAAAUUUUGUAAUCAGAGAUUCAAAUUAUGUAAAUGAGUUUAGUUCAGAUCAGAAAAUGAUUAGAGAGAAACUGAGAGUAGAAUCAGCACGUAAAGCGAAAAAAUCAAGUGUUAAACGUGUCAAGAAACCUCGACUUACACCAGUUCGAAGUGAACUCUAAUAGUUUAUUUAAAUGUCCCCUAUACAUAUAUGUACACAAAUGCAUAUGUAUAUAUCAUUAUGAUUUUUUUCUAACUUUCCGUUUUCCUUCAUAAUUCACUACUUUUGGUGGUAUCAUGGGUGGUGCUCUUAUCGACAUAAUCUUAUUAUUAUUAUUGUUUAUAAAUCUCUCUGUGCGUGCUUGCCUAGUUGAAUGUAGUACUAUUCAAGGAAUUUCAAAGUGUUCAUAUCGAAACAUAUCUAUCAUCAAUUAAUAAUGAAGUUUGUGGUCAUUGAUUACAAAUAACUAUUUUUAUGUCUGUGCCUGGGACACUGAAAUUCCUAGUUGCUUUUACUAAUUCUGAACAUAAGCAUACAAACUUACAUUCAAUUAUUGUCUGUUUGCUUUUUGGGUUUUGCUAUUACUUGUAAAAUUUGAUAACUUCAUUUGACUCUUGUCACUCUUCAGUGUACUGUGUAGUAUAUAACUUGUUGGAUUAAUAUAAAAUUCUGUUUGUUAAUUGUUUCUGUCUUGUUUUUUCUUUUUAAUUUUCUUAAAUAUCUACUUGUUUUAUGAAAUAAAGUUUCAAAAUGCACUCAUAUUUGUUCCGUUUGUAAGUGAAGUAAAAGAUAUUUCAACAAAGAAAAAUUGUUUGUUAAUCAUGUUAUUUUCUAAAAUGUUGUACAUUCAUAUCUAUAGGUUAAUUUUAUAAAUAAAACAGGAAUUUGUUGUACCGGUAAUGAAGUUACCAAAAAUUAAUCUAACAUAUUUCCAAGUCAGAAGAGGUUUUGUGGAGAUUUUAGAAAUUUCACUAGUUGAAAUCAUGAGUCAAUUGAAGUUAGACCAUCAUUAAAAACCUGGAAGCACUGGACGACCAUUUCGUCCUAGUGUGGUACUCCUCAGCAGUGCGC